UAGCAUUUUUCAGACUUUCAGUUGAUCUGAUAAUUAAAAAACUGGUAAUUACAAUUACAUUUGACUUGUUUCUUUGUGGAAAAAGAUUAAUUAUAUUAACGAAAUAAUUAAUUGGACAAAUUUUAUUUGAAUAUUUUAAUCAACAAGGCAUGUAAGUUUGCAAAAUAAUUCAUUAAAAAAAUAAUGAAAACACAAAUACAAACUUAACCACAAAAUUCGUAUAGAAAUUAAAACAAAACAUUGUUAAUUAGAUGUUUAAAAUAAAAAUAAAUAAACAAAUUAUUUAUUAAUAAAAUAUAAAAAUAAAGCUAUUUUUCGAUUUAAUAAUAAGAAAAAAAAAAAAAAAAUGACAAGAAAGUGUAUAUUGUGUCAAGAAACAAAUUUUAAAACAAAAUACAGUUUUUUUUCGGCGCCAAAAGACGCACCAACUCGUAAAAAAUGGAAGGAGGCACUUGGAAUACCAAGUGUUUGUGAUGAAACAUAUGUUUGUAGUAAACAUUUUGAUGAUCGUGAUAUUAUAUCAUCAUGGGCAAGUGGUACACCACCUCAUGUUGUAACAAUUCAAUAUAAAAAAUGUCGUUUAAGACCAGGUGCAGUACCAACAACAAAAAAAAAUAGUAGACAAUAUUGUAUACCUACUACAAGAAAAGAUAAUCAAUAUUUCAUACAUGAAAAACAUGAUGGUGAUGAUGAUGAAGAUGAAGAACCAGAAGAAGAAAAAGAAAAAGAAGAAAAUCAACAACAAAAAAUGAUAAAAGAAACACAUGAUGAAAGACAAGAGGAAAAUCAUAAUAAAGAAGAUGAAAAAGAAGAAGAAGAAGAAUUUAUUGAGACAAAAAAACCAGCAACAAGAAGUAGCAUGAGAAAAACAUUGCCAGUACCACCUGCAAAGGUAAACAACAAUAACAAUAAAUUAAAAGCAACUGCCAAAAAAACAAAUGAUAAACCAAGUAUUAAAAAACCUGUUUCAAAAAAUGGAACAGUUGUAUCAAAAACUCGUGCUGGUGGUGAUAAUAAUUGUCAAGAAAAAAUGAUAACUGAACCGAUAGAUAUUAUUGAUCCAGCUAAUAUGGAUGUUGAUGAUAAUGGAGAUAAAAGUGCAUUCUAUAUUAAAACUGGUGAUACAAAACAGCUGUAUUAUAUUAAACCAGUUGAUGAAAAUUCUAAAACAGAUUUUACCGAGGAUGAUAUUAUAAAUGGUGGUGAUGAUGAUAAUGUUGAUGAUUCUAAAGAAAAAAAAGUUGAAAAAAAUCCAUUAAUUAAGCUUGAAAAUGUUAAAUAUAUUGAAGAUGACGAUGAAGACGAAGAAGAUGAAGAGGAUGAAGAUGAUGAUGACGAUGAUGAAUACCCAAUGUGGAAAAAAAUUAAGGCUGAAACAAAGAAAAAGGCAAAAAUAAUAUCGAAAACAGCAUCAAAAUUACCAUCAUCAAAAACACCAGCAACAAAAAUAUCAGAACCAAAAAUACCAGCAACAAAAAUAUCAGAACCAAAAAUACCAGCAUCAAAAUUAUCACAACUACAAAUACCAACAUCAAAAAUAAUAGAACAAAAAAUGACAGCACAAAAAUUAUCAGAAGCACAAACACCAGCAUCAAAAAUAUUAGAACCAAAAAUAUCAGAAGCACAAAUAGCAGCAGCAAAAAUAAAUUAUGAAGAAGAGGAAGAUGACGGUAUGUUAUUUGAAGAUUUACUUGAGACUUAUACUGAUGUCACAUUACCAAGUGGCUGGUGUGUACUUGUUGAAUCAAGAGGUGAUGUGACAACAGUUAUAUAUGCAUAUAUUGAAACAACAAGUGGUGGUAUACCAUGGAUUAGAAAACAAGUAUUUAUACAAAAUGACAUGUUGAUGAGAACAUCAGCUGGUGGAAGAGAAAUUGAUCCAAUAGUUUAUAAAUUAAUUAAAGGCACAAAUAGUGUUCAAGUUACAGAUGUUGAUGAUGUUACUGAUAUUAUUAGAGAAUUUGAUGAAAGAACUGUUUGUCAAGGUACAAGUGAAAAAAUAAAUCCAGCUGAUAUGGACAACACAAUUGGUUAUCUAGAUGGUGUUAAUUGGCGACAUGUUGAAUGUUCAAUAAUGAUUAAACCUGGACAAGCACGUUGUAAAAAAUGUAACUCAUUAAAUGCAAUAGCUAAACGUAAAAAAGCAAAAUUACCUUGAGCUGCUGAAUUUGUUAAAAUUUUAUAAUAAAAAAAAUAAAUAAAAAUAUUAUUGUAAGCUUAUUAAAAUUAUUUGAUUAGUAAUUUAAAAAAAAAAAAUUAUUGAUUUGAAUAAUAAUAAUAAUAAUAACUUAAGACACAAAAUAAAUAAUUAUUUAAUUUUUUUAUUUCUAUUAAAAAUUUUGUUAUCAGUUA